AGCCAAAUUAAUACGACUUUCUUUAUAGAUAAUAGUGCCACACAGAGGCAACCAAUACGAUGUUUUGCCUCUUAAACUGUGCGGUGAUCUGGGACAAGUUCUGUUUCAUCCUUUUCAUUUGACAGACGAAGAGUCUAUAAUCAAAUCCAUGAAGUAUUCCAAUGUUGUAAUUAACUUAAUCGGCAAAGAUACAGAGACCAAUAACUUUGACUUUUAUGAUGUACACGUGGUAGGAGCCAGAACCAUAGCCAAACUUGCUAAAAUAUGUGGCGUAGAACAUUUGAUUCACGUGUCAUGCUUAAACGCUACGUCUAAUCCCACACCGCUCAUGUUGGAGACAGGAUCGGAGAUACUUAAGUGUAAAUGGGAAGGGGAGUGCGCUGUAAGGGAAGAAUUUCCAACUGCAACUAUCGUUCGACCCGCGUCUGUCUAUGGACAAGGGGAUCAAUUCAUUCGUCACUAUAUGCAUCCGAUGAGACGAUUUGGAAUGAAUAUACCCUUAUGGGAAGAAGGUCAAAAAACUGAAAAACAACCAGUGCAUGUGUCUGAUGUAGCUGCUGGCAUUGCCGCUAUUGCGACGAAUCCCUGCACUGCUGGUAAAACUUAUCAGUUUGUUGGUCCAAACAGAUACACAUUGUAUGAAAUAGUCAACUGGUUCUACCGUCUAGCAAUUCCAGACGCGGAUGGUAAAUUUAGCAUAGGUGCUAUAAAAUCCAAUUAUGUCUUUGAAAUGAAAGUUGUUUUUAGCGAGAUAAUGCGCGCUAUAUAUCCAACUGUACCAUUGUCUUGGGAAAUUCUAGAAAAGGAACAUGUUUCCGAUGAAGUAUUACCAGAAUUACCUACGUUAGAGGAUUUAGGCAUUACGCCAGCGAACAUGGAAUCUAGAAUACCAUGGGAAAUGAAGCCGUACGUAUUUGAAGACAGGCUCAUACGAUCUUUGGGAGAUUUCAUCGCGCCGCCACCACCGAAAGUGAUUCCCCAAAAUUGAAGAUUGUACAUGAUUAGUUGAAAUUAGUAUGAAAACGGAGUGUGCUUUGAAUGCAAAUAAAGGAAGUAUGUACGCGUGAUAAUAGA